UGGUAAUAAUCGCGUUGACAGAGAAGUAUUUUUGCAAAUUACAGCAAAAUUCUUUCAAUAUUCCAUUUUAUAACAGUCGCCCUUCGUUAAACGUGAAUCGAAUUGUUCGAAGUAGUUGGCGUACGGUCAAAGAUUCGCCGUGAAAGACGCGAAUCAUGGAAACAGAUUCUUCGGCUGUAAUUUCGAUCGAGUCGGAUGAGGAAACGAACACUGUUGCAGAGCCGGAAGUGCCGAUUUCCUCUCUUAGCGCGAAAGAAUCAGAGAAAUUGAACUGUACAGUACCGAACAACAUGGAAAAUGGUUCUAAUGCUCCUAAAAGUCCGGAUAACGUUACAAACAAGGAAUCCGUAAUGGAGUCCGAUAUCAUAUGCCUAGAUGAUGAGAAGGAAACAGCUGAAGUUUGCGGUGAGAGAUCCGCCAAAAUCUUGUCCGAUACGGUAACGCCAUCGGAGAUGGAUGUUUCAAACCAUCCAGCAGUGGAGGAAGCAGUGGAAAACAACGAUAUCGAAAUGAAGGAAAUCGCGAAAGACGUCGAAGACAAAGAUCGUCAACAAACUGAUUCCCAGCCGGAGCAAAGACUAGAGUUAAUGGAAGAUGUGCAGACAAAAGCCAUAUUAGAAGCAGGCAAAACGCCAUGUACAAUUGACAUUGCUGCUGAAGCACAGGAACCGGUGUUGCCUAAUAACACCGAGCAAAAGCUGCCAAACAUCAAACGGCGUGCUCAAAAGUGUGCCAAUGCGACAUGUGGAAGAAAGGUUUCCGAACUAUACGAUGCACCGGUAUUCGCGCAGAACCUGUAUAAAAUCCCACCAAGCAAUCAAAUGAAACUCAUAUGUCUCGAUUGCUAUGAUUUUUCUAUUGUUCACUUCGAAUCUCUGUGCGCUUCGCUAGUAAAAGAAGAAUCUCUGUACGCAACGAAAAUCCUGCAAGACCAGACGGAAGAGAUACACACGGUGUUGGAUAGCAGCGAUGAAGAAGAAAGCAACGAGCCAACUGUAUCGGAGCCAAAUGAGAUCGAUCCAGCGUUACCAAUAGAUGUCAUUUCUUUGGUCAACACAGAUCUUAACGAUAUUGUUGAAUCGCUGUGGGAAAAGUACGGCGCUAAACAGAUUACAUUGUACAAUGGCGACAUGCUUCGAGAAGCGGAGGAAAAUGAGGAGAUAUCGAAUCGCAUUGACGCACAGCUCAAAACAUUGAAGGCGACGCUACAAUCGAUACAUGAAAAUAUCUAUAGUGUUAGAACGACCAAGAUCGAUACGCCCGAGCUCAUCAUCGAGGAUGAUGCGGUAAGUGAGUUUAUCGCUUACGACCGAUUGCUGCGCAUGUUGAAUGCCAACGGAACGGUUCUUAUCAGAGAGCCGGUGAAAGUUAAUGAAACAUAUUACGGCGUCAGCUCCACGAUACUGGGCAGCUGGAUGAAGUGUAAGGUCGUGGAUGUUUCUGAAAAUCAAUUUUUCACAGUACGUUUCAACACAAGCCAUAUGAGACAGUCCGUGCUGUCGGCAAAGCAUCUCGCUUACCCUGUUGCACCACAGGUUAAGUUAAAGCUUGGUACACGCAUUAUUGCCAAGGUUUGUGCCAUCCAGGGCAAGGAAUCGAGUCGCACGUUCUACGCAGGCACGGUGCUGGAGUCGAUCAGUGCUUACAAUAAAUUCCGGUACCUCAUCAUUUUCGACUUUGGACAUACACUGUACGCACCGCUGACGGAUGUGCGGGUCGUGUGCGAACAGUCGAAAAAUAUCUGGGACGAUGUGCAUCCACACUCGCGAGAGUUCAUCCGCAAUUACAUGCAGACGUGUGGUUCAUUGCGACCGAUGGUACAGGCCAAGCGCGGCCAGCGUAUGAUGGUAGAAAUGAAUCGGAAAUGGUUGGACGGCAGAGUGUGCGAAACGGACAGUAGCUUGAUCCGGCUGUACUUUCAUGAGAUGCGCAAAUACGAAUGGAUUUAUCGUGGUUCGAAGCGGCUUGCUCCGCUGUACUCGACAUGUACGACAAACAAAUUUUCAAAGUUCCAGAGACGAAAUGAACCUUCCAUCGAGUACAUUACGAUCGAGGACGAUGAGAAUGAGCAGCAGGCGGAACAAAAGUCACCGCCCGGUGUGAAAACCGGUGAGCAGGAAACGCAAAAUCGCCCGACCGCUAGAAAGAGCACUGUGCAGCGUAAUAAUGCUAGGAAAAACGCCAACAGCAAUGUCAACAUUGUCAACGUGCCGAGCGUCAUUUCCCUGAACCAAAAACCGAUCUACAUCGAUAUGGACAAAGAUCGAAGCCAUGGUAAAACGGUCCACUAUAAUACGAACAAGUAUCGUGGCCCACAGAAGUUCGUGCCGCACACGUGCGGUCCACACUGUUUGUACAAAAUGCCCUCCAACCUACACACGUAUAACUUGCUGGCCAGACCUCUGGUCACGGGCUGGGAGCGACAUUUCUGCUUCGUUCGAGGAGCGAAAAAGUCCGGCACCGUGGUUAUGUACCGUGCACCGUGUGGCCGUCGUUUGCGCGAUAUGCAGGAAGUGCAUCGCUAUCUCAGCCUAACAAACUGUGCCCUUAAUGUGGAGCACUUUGAAUUCGAAGCGGAAAUACUUGCGCUUGCGACGUUCAGUGCGGAAAACUUCCUGUUCGAAUGCAAAGAUCUUUCGUUCGGGGCGGAACUUAUGCCCGUGCACUGUGUGAACAACUACGAAAACAUGCAGCCACCACCGUGCGAAUAUUCGACCGAGCGCAUUCCGACCGAGGGAGUCAACCUCAACCUGGACAAGGAGUUCCUGUGCGGGUGCGACUGUGAGGACGAUUGUUUGGACAAAAGCAAAUGCCAGUGCUGGCAGCUGACAAUAGCGGGCGUCCAGUACACCAAUCCAGACGUAGACAUUAACAACGUGGGUUACGUGUAUAAGCGGUUGUUCAAUCAAAUACAUACUGGGGUUUACGAAUGUAACACACAGUGCAAGUGCAAGAAGGACAAAUGUUUGAACCGUGUCGUGCAGAAUUCGCUCCAGACGAAGCUGCAGGUAUUCAACACAAACAACAAGGGUUGGGGCAUUCGGUGCAUCAACGAUGUGCCCAUGGGUAGCUUCAUCUGCAUUUACGCGGGCCAUCUGUUGACCGAGGAGGUCAGCACGAAGAUAUGCGAACUGAGCGAGAACAAAACGGGCGACGAGUACUUUGCCGAUCUGGAUUACAUCGAAACGGCGGUGAAGACAAAAGAUAACUACGAAUCGGAUGCAUACCAAUCGGAUAAUGAGCGGGAGGGAACAGCGACGGACGAGUCGGAGAUAGAGCUGGAGAAGGAAAAGUUUACCUCGGCACAGGACUCCGAUGAAGAAUACACCUCCAAAACGUUACCGAGUGCUAUGGUCGUAAAGACACGGGCACAGUCGAAAAGGGCCAGCACGACGGAACGGCCCAGUGCGCCUGCUACGAAGGACAAGGAGUCCAUCAUCGGUAUGAAUGAUGAACAAGAGUGCGUUAGUCUGAUACCCAAUCCCGAAAUGAACCCCGAAGAGAAUUCUAGACCCAACGCGGGGUUGCUGUUCCGUCGACUGUACGGCGAUAAGGACGAUAUCUUCAUAAUGGACGCAAAGAAGUCGGGUAACCUUGGCCGAUACUUUAACCAUUCGUGUGUUCCUAAUCUCUUCGUGCAGAACGUGUUCGUCGAUACGCACGAUUUGCGGUUUCCUUGGGUGGCUUUCUUUGCCUCUAAAAAUAUUAAAGCUGGCACGGAACUAACGUGGAACUAUAAUUACGAUGUGGGCUCUGUUAGUGGCAAGGUGCUAAACUGUACCUGUGGCGAAAAGGGUUGUAAGGGUCGGUUACUGUAA